AUGCCCGACGCUACCGGCAGCCCAACCGUGCAGGAGCCAACCCCACCGCAAGCACGACCGCUGAGAUCACCUUGUCCGGAGGGCUUGUUGCAAGCACAUUGGUUACACGUUAGGAAUUGGAUACACGAGACGCCGGACCCCCCCCCCAGCGUGACUGCAAAGAAGCCAAGCCCGACAGGACCACGGUCACCGGGCGCGCAGCAUGCGGAAGACCCCCCCCAAGCAGACCGGCCGAGCGACGCGAGCCGGGUCCACGAGACGGCGGACGCGAAAGGCAGCUUGACCGCGGUGGAGUCGAAGCUCCCAGGCCGUCGAAGACCGGCAGCAAGGCACGCAGAGCCGCUUGCGCUGGAGUCCCACCCCCGGGCCGCGGCCGAAACGGGCCGUGCCGAUUUCGGGCAGGCAAUCGACGAGGCCCCCCCAAGCAACCCGGCCACAGCCCGGGCCCCCACCCCAAAGGGAGGUCACCGCGAACACCGCUUGCGGGCAGAUUGGCCAAGUGAUGCGAGCUGGGCUCACGAGACGCCAGACCAGGCCCGCGGCACGACUGCAAAGGAACCACCGCGUCUCCGACAGCAACCGCCGGUAGCACGUCAUCAUGAGCACUCCCCGCGUGCAGGCUGGCCAAGCGACGCGACCCGGGCUCACGAGACGCCGGACCAGGCCCCCGGCACGACCGCAAAGGAGCCACUGCGUCCGCGAUCACAACCGCCGGCGGCACGCCACCGUCAACCAGACCGGCCAAGCGAGGAGCCACCACGUCUGCGAUCACAGCCGCUGGUGGCACGUGAUUGUCAACACUUCUUGCGUUCAGAUUGGCCGAGUGAUACAAGCUGUGUCCAAAUUUCGAGUGAACCGAAGGCAUCCACUCGUCUCUUUCUACCAGCUCAGCCGGAGCCAAAGGGUCAAAGACAUCAGGAGACGGAGAAGAGCUCAGUUUCAAAGUGUCCUUCGUGCUGCUGCGUGGCACUAGUCUGCCUUAUCCUGCUGGCUGUGGUGGCCGUCGUCCUCACCAUCUUUUACGUGUCCGAGAGCAGAUGA